AUGUCAAUGGCGUCAGUGUCAGCAAUAAAGUCCAUGGCGUCAAAUAUAAAGUUAUCUGCUACAGCUACCGCGCAAAAAAGAAUGCGCCCUAUAAAAGCGGCAAUGACCUUGACACCGUCAGCGGUAAACAGACUACGACAACUAGUCCAAGGUCCAGAUCCAAAGCUGAUACGUGUUGCAGUAAAGAACAAAGGUUGUGCAGGGCUAUCUUAUGUGUUGGAGUACACGAAAGAUAAAGGAAAGUUUGAUGAGGAAGUGACACAAGAUGGCGUCACUGUCCUCAUAGACUCCAAAUCUCUCUUCAAAAUGCUCGGUUCGGAAAUGGAUUAUGUAGAGGAUAAACUCUCGUCGAAAUUUGUGUUUAAGAAUCCGAAUAUUAAAGAAAGUUGUGGAUGUGGAGAGAGUUUUACCGUCUAA